CAUGCGCAACAUACGCAUGGCGCGCAAACCACACCGCGCAAACCCUCCACGCCCGUAAGCCUCAGGUCCAGCUGUCCUCAGUGUCACACCUCCCGCCCUGGUGUCGUCCACUCAGCGCCCUUGGUGCGGGGCUUUUCUCCGAUAUUCAGUGCCGCUCCCCACACGGUCGCACCAAUCCCGAGCUUGGUGUUGCAAAGUGCGGUGUGGUCUUAAAGGUGAAGACGGACAAUGGAAUGAACAGUGAACCCCCGCCUCUUGCAUUGCUGAACUCACCAACCUCGACCAUGGCACUCACCUCGACGGUCCCCAGUAACUUCAAGUCAGCAACUGCGCAAACUGACUCACCCUCAUAAUACAAACUCAGCCGCGCCAGCAGGCUGAUUGCCUGCCUUGUUCCAAUUCCACCUACGGCCGCAAGCAGCAAUCGCUUACAAUGUCGCAACAAUACUACUUUUCAUGCUAUCCAGAAAUGUCUGCAGACGAGCGCAGAAACACACGACCAGCCAGGCCAAAUCUGCCAGAGCGCAAAAGCUCAAGAGCGAUGCGCGAUAUCAUUCCGCCGUGGGCUGAGAUGCCCGCAACACCACCAAGUUGCCGCUCAGUGAGCUUCUCUCGCUGGUCUCGAUUCACGACCUCCGGAUCCAGCACAUCAACCGGCGAACUGAAAGCCUCCAAACUCUGCGCAAACCACGGCACAAGCCCGACCUACAACCCUCCCGCAAACGAGUGGACCUACCUAGGUGCCGAGCAACCAUUGCGAUGCGGAAAACCCGAAGUCCAAAGAAGCAGACAUCGCCGACAGCAAAGCGCACAGCAGAGCUCGCAGCAAAGCUCAGGCACAUGUCCAAGCCUAUCGUCAAGAGCGAGCACUAUGACCAGCAGUAGCAGCCAAACGGAGCCGAUGGAUUUCCGGCGCCGCGACGUCCAGCGCGCAAGCACGAGCUCGCAGCUGACGGAAUCGUUCAAGGCGUCGCCUGCCAAGGGCGGCCAGGAACAGCCUCCUGGAAUGCUGGGCGUGAUCGCGAGGCUUGGCCUGAAUGCUGUGGAUUGCGAGGGAUUUCCUUCGGCGUUUGAUUCCGAGGAUGAGGAUGAGAUCGACAUGGAGGAUUUGAGGCCUGCGAAACCGGUGGCUGGCGAGAAAGGCGGUGUUGGGCGGAGUAUCAAGGGCGGGAGUAUUGAACAAUGAUGCGGCGGCAGCGGCGGCGACGGUCCCAGGGAGGAUCAGAAGACGACAUUUGCAUAUGGCAUUAGCAGCAUUGAGCAUUCAUCAUCAGCAUCCACACCCACGCAUCUGCAUAGGUGUCUUAAUGGAGUAUAGGAGUUUGAGAAGUCCUGCACAUGGGAGCGGAGAUGUACCUGCAGCUAGCUUCGAGCUUGGACCAUUCAUCAGUUCAAUGACGCCGUUCAUCA